GGCCAGAGCUAGUUCAGGAGAGAGGCUUGUACUCCGUGUACUUCGGCACCCAAACCGGAGCCAGCUGCAAAGCUAUCCAGGCAGACAACUACUCCAAGAAUGAAGCCAGAAAAAGAGACGGAGCGGCCCCCCUUGAUUCCCAUUAAAGGGAUUCCCAUGGUCAAGUACUUUGCUGAGAUCUGGAGUGAGGUGGAACCCUUUGAGCCGCAUCCAGAUGAUUUGCUCAUCUCCACGUAUCCCAAGUCUGGUACCACCUGGAUCAGUGAGGUUAUAGACAUGAUCCUUAAUGAGGGUGAUAUGGAGAAAUGCAAACGGAAUCCCAUUUAUGCUCGAGUCCCUUUUUUGGAAUUUAAAGUCCCAGAAGUCCCCUCAGGUAUUGAGCUACUAAAAAAAUCACUUCCCCCACGUAUGAUUAAAACCCACCUUCCCAUCCAAUUGCUCCCUGAAGGUUUCUGGAACAAGGAUUGCAAGAUGAUUUAUGUGGCCAGAAAUGCCAAAGACGUAGCUGUCUCAUAUUAUUACUUCUACCAAAUGGCAAAAGUGCACCCCCACCCUGGAACCUGGAAUGAAUUCCUGGAGUCUUUUAUGACUGGAAAUGUCUCUUUUGGCUCCUGGUAUGACCAUGUCAAAGGCUGGUGGGACAAGAGGAAGGAACAAAGGAUGCUCUACCUCUUCUAUGAAGACAUGAAAGAGGAUCCGCAGAGGGAGAUCCAGAAGGUCAUGGAAUUCCUGGAGAGGCCCCGUAACGACCAGCUGGUGGAGAAGAUUGCCCACCACACCUCCUUCAAAGAGAUGAAGCAGAAUGAGAUGGCCAACUAUAAGACCAUUCCCACCACAGUCAUGGACCACACCAUCUCCCCUUUCAUGAGGAAAGGAAUCACUGGCGACUGGAAGAACCUUUUCACAGUGGCUCAAAAUGAGAUUUUUGAUGAGCAUUACAAGAAGCAGAUGGAAGGAACAACUCUCCACUUCCGGACAGAGAUCUGAAUGUUUCAUCCAGGCUGUUUCCAAACUCCAUAUCUUAUCAACAGCAAGAUGGUGGUACUGCUAGCUUCUUUAAAUCUGCCCACUCAGGUGCCCAUCUGAUGAUUCAAUAUUCAGCUAAGAUGUUGGAGAACUGAAAAACAGAAGCCAUGAUUCCUGGAUCUCUCACAUUCUGCUGCCUCUGAACACUCAGAAUUCCUACUGUGAAGACAAACAUACAUCGCUUGAGUACUGACCUUGUCAUGGAUCUAUACAAAGCUCUUCUGCCUUCUCAGAGCAAUGGCCAAGUGUCUAAAAUCUAUACUGGAUAUAGGGUUGCCAACUCUUGCUAGGGAAAUUCCUGGAAAUUUGAGGGAAAAGCCUGAGGAGGGAACUCAGCAGGUGUAAUGCCAUAGAUGUCACCCUGCAAAGCAGUCAUGUGAUCUCCCCAAUCUGGAGCUCAGUUGUAAUCCCUGCAGGUCUCCAGGCCCCAUCUGGAGGUUGGCAAUCCUAAAUCAGAGCCAUAUUUGUGUGUCAGAAGUGAAGUGAUGGAAAAGCAGAACUCCAUCUAUGGCAAAGAAACUCUCAGUUGCUACUGGAGUGCAACAUUCUGUCUUCCACUCUCUCACUGGUUGCUCUUUUGGGUUCUUUUUCCUAUUAGUGGGAGAAUCUGUGAAUUCUCUAUUUCCUUCAGGGUCCAGAAUUUUUUUAAAAAUAUUCUCUUUGACUUCCUAGUUUAAUGUAGGAUUCCUACCAAGAACCAGCCUCUAGCAUCCAUUCAAGAUCCCUCCACAAUCCCUUCAAUUUAUCCCCAAGAACAGAACAGAAAAUCUUAAGCAGGAAGAAAAUUUCUCCAUUGUCAGGCGUAAUUCAAUACUGCUGUGAACCACCGUGGAACUUUUGACAUAUGUAACAUAUUAGAUCAUAGGCACUGAAAAUAAAAAUUACAUCUGCAGCACCUUAAGAGACUAAUGAUCCUGCUGUCUAUUAACUUCAGACUUCCUUCCCUUGUCAGAGGAAAAGGAAAGAAUUCAUGAACAUCUGGUGAUUGUUACAUUUCGAAAAGAAAUGCACUUUUGCCUUCUGUUUACUCUUUUUGGCCCUGGAGAGAUUUUUGAUACUGGAACUGCUCACUUUGUUGUUUUGUCUUUUAAAGGAAUUUAGAUAGCUUUUAUAUGCAGACAUUUACUCACUUUAGAACACCAGGCAUUUAUAGAAAUGCCACAGAUUCCCAGAUUCGCACUGUUUACAUCUCUCAUUCCAGUCAUGAAUUAAAACAAACUUUUCUCCCCUUGAAGUGGUUUCUCUUUGCCUCCCUUUGUGAAAUCUAAACAUGCUCCUCUGAGAUUAUCAAACUAUUCUUAGUUGUCUUAAGCCAAAUAUCACCAGUCGGUUAGCUGUAAGUUGAUUUCUAUGUUUAGAAAAAGAAUGCGUCUCUUAGGAUCACACUUGAAAGUGGGAGGGAUCACAUGGCUGAGUUUUCCUUAUGAAAAUGUUCAAAAACCUCCCUGCUGUAGGCAGCCAACAUCUCAGUAUAAUGGGUCACAACAUAUUCUUUUCCCUGAUGUAGGUCUUUAAAAAAAAAAAAACCCUAAAUCUCUGUUCUUCCUUCUGAAGUAGUACAAUCCAUGUUCUUUUUCAGAACUCUAAGCUUGAAUAAAAGAUGCAUACUGUCAAGUAUGGUGAAAUUCCAUUGAUAACUGAUUGUUUUAGGGUCCUGCCUAAAUCUGGUCUGUGAAGUGUCAUGGAGGAUCCAACUUUGUUAGUCUGUUAUUCUUUCCCUUCCCCCAUCUUGCUUUAUGGCUUAUAAUUAGAAGUGGUGAGAAACGAAACCAAGUAAUCAGCACCUUCCCAUACAUUUCUUUAAGGGAGUACGAGAUGUCUGGGGAAAGCAAGGACAAAGUCCUGAUAACACUAUGAGAACAUAGACAUUUAUGAUAGUUUAUGGGUGAAUGCUACCCCGCAACCCCAUCCCUUGGAAUCCUUUUGAAGUAAGCUUUAAAAGUAUUGUAUCAAUGUAUUGGCCUCAUUACUCUCAAGAAUUUGCUAUACCAAAGUAUCGGUCUAUCAAUAAACGUAGUCUUUGUAUCAA